AUGGGAGGAGGUACUGAUAUACCUGUACCUGAUCAGUCAAAAGACUCAAAUGCCAUCGUCGAUAUUCUCAUCCUAGGCGCCGGCUGGACCUCAACUUUUUUAAUCCCUCUUCUUCAACAAAAGGGAAUCAAGUACGCCGCAACCACGACCACCGGUCGUGAUGGAACGCAUCAAUUUCGUUUCGACCCAGAGAAUGGUGAUGAGAAUCGAGAACAGCUUCGGAAAUUGCCGUUUUCGAAGAAUGUUUUGAUUACUUUUCCGUUGAAAGGGAAGGGUCAAUCUCGUUUGCUGGUUGAGGGGUAUUCUGAUACUCAUUCUUCUCAUUCUUCCAAUUCUCUUUCUUUGGGAGAUGAUGAUGAUGAUAAUGAUGAAAAUAAAAACUCAACCCCGUUCCACUUCAUCCAGCUAGGAAGUUCAGGAAUCUUUACAAUACCAGGUCAAAGCACAUGGGUGACUCGUCACUCAUCAUAUGACAUUACCGAUGAUCGAGCUAUAGCUGAAGAUGAGCUGAGAGAAUUGGGUGGAUGUGUCCUUAAUCUAAGUGGAUUGUGGGGUCGCGAACGACAUCCUAAGCACUGGUUAGAGCGCGUAGCCCGCACAAAGGAUAUGCUGGGUGCUAAAAAAAGUUUGCAUAUGGUGCAUGGACUGGAUGUUUCGAGAGGUUUGCUGGCUGUGUUUGCGUGUUGGGAGAAGGGGAUGGGUCAACGUUUUGUGUUGACGGAUCUCAUGGUUUAUGAUUGGUGGUGUUUGAUCUUGGGGUAUGCAGGGGAACUGGAUGAGGAGUCAGGAGAUGGGAAGAUGGAGGGGAGACAAAUUAAGUGGGUGGGUGAGUUGAUGAUGGAGAAUAAUGUGAGAGCGUUGCCGAGAUCAAUGGAGGAUUUGGGAAGAUGUUAUGACUCGAGGGAAUUUUGGGAUACGUUUGAUGUUAUGCCGGUGAGGUCGAGAAUUUGA